AUGUUUGAGAAAUCUGUGCUAAGAGAUUUUAAUAAAAUUAAAUACAAUAAAUAUGAUGCACAGAACCUAAAUGCACUAGAAAAGAGAGCUAUCAAACAAUUGCAACAAGACAAAGAAAUUGUUAUUAAACCUGCUGACAAGGGUGAUGUGGAUCCAGUGGGGGAGCAGCAAGAGAAGUGCACCCUGACCAUCCAGGUCAGCGGAACACAAGUAAUCGAUGUUAUCGAGCAAGGAGCAGGGGCACACCCAGAUGGUCCCCAGAUUCCAGUUGCUUCUGAUAGUGAUUCAUGCUCCUCACAAGAUGAGGACAAGUUAGCCAUUUUGGAGAAACAACUCGAAGAUGAGUACAAUGUUAAGAGCAUUGCAGAAAAGCUGAUAAAGGCGUAUUCUACCGGCCGCUCCAAAGAUCAGAAACAUCUCGGUGAUGCUCAGAAAAUACUCCAUGACAGCAAAAUAAAAAUAGAAAUUUUGCGCAUGUUGAUUCUCCAACAUAAAGCAACACCUGCAUUAAGUCCAUUGGAGAAACGCAUUGAGGAGUUGAGCCACCGAUUUGUGAUCGAGCGUGCCGUGGCUGAAGGAGCCAAACAUGCCAUCCAGAAAUUGGAUGGAAAGCCGCUUGUUGAGGCACAAUCGAUACUACAGGCGUCAAAUGAAAAGCUGGACCUCCUUAAAUAUUCCUUGGAGGAACGAGUGAAAGAACUUCCUGAUGGCCACCAUAGGAAGAGUAUAACCACCGAGGAACUGUCCCUUGGUUCAGUCAAAUCCAAGUCAAUAGCACUAACUGGUACUCUGAAAGUGCGAGUAAAGGGCUGUCACGGUAUUCUGGAGAAUGUACCUGGCAGACUAAAGAUCCCGUCAGAUGUUCUCCCUGGCAGGAGUCUGCGUCGAGGAAGAUUCUUAUUACUGAACCGGAUCAGGAGAAACAACCGUGGCAGCAAUCAGAACAUCCAAGAGACUUUUGACUUUUCUAAAUACAGGAGAUUAGACUCCUUUGAUGAAAGCAAACUCUUAGAGCUUUGUGUAAAGCUAAUCGAUGAACCUUUAUAUAUUCUGUGUGAAGUCCGUACUCAGCUGAAGAUCGAUCAGAUUCCAGUGGGUUCAACAAGUUGGAAAACUGUUUCUAACCCAUCCUGGAAUAAGACAUUUAAACUGGAUUUAGAUAAGUCUCGGGAGCUAGAAAUAUCCUUAUAUUGGCACGAUCAGAGAUCACUGUGUGCCACAAAGACUCUGAAGUUGGAAGAAUUCCUGUUGAACCCGAAACAGGAACUGUGUCUACAACUGGAACCACAGGGCACCCUUUUCAUCAAGGUGACGUUUUCCAGUCCUUUCACCCAGAAAAGGCCAAAGCUUCAAACAAUUAAGAAAUUAAUCUCCACAAAACAAGAGGAGACCACCGAACCAGCUCUACUGGAGGAUGCAGCUAUUGAUGCUCAUUCGCUGCCAGAAUCGGAUACUGAGAGUGUGGAUUCAUCGGCGCCGGCUGUGGAUACUGAAACAGAAAAGACCAUCCAGCCAGCUCCAGAAGAAGAUGUUGUUACUGACUCUCCUAUAUUGCCAGUAGCCACUGAGAGCAUGCGCCCAUUAACACCCGAUUCUUAUACCAUUACAGAAGAGACCUUCCAACCACCUCCAGUGGAAGCUACAACUAUUGACAGUGUACCAGUAGUGGACACUGAGAAUGUGGAUUCAACACUACCAGCUAUCAACACCAUUAGUACAGAAACUAUCCAACCACCUCCAGUGGAAGCUAGAAUGUUUGACAAUGCUCCACUGCCAGUAGCAGUAGAGGACUCUGUGAGCAUGGAACCAUCACCACAAGCUAUUGUAAGCGUGCUAGAAAUAACAAUCCAACCAGCUCUAGAAGAGGAUUUAGUUACUGACCCUACUCCAUUGCCAGUAGAGGACACGGACAGCGUGGAGCCAUCGGUGCCAGCUGUUGAUGAAAUUACAGAAAAGACAAUCCAACUACCUCCAGAGGAGGAUGCAGCUAUUAAUCCUCAAUCACUACCAGUAGAGGACUCUGAGAGCGUGGAGCCAUUGCUGCCAUCUGACGAUGAAGAUACAGAAAAGAUAAUCCAACCAGCUCCAGAGGAGGCUGUAGUUAUUGACACGCCUCAAGUGUCAGCAGUGGACAAUAAGAAAGUGGAAUCAUCACCACCUGGUGCUGCUACUGAUAUGGAAAAAAACAUCCAAACAUCAACAGAGAAAGAUGCAGUUAUUGAUAUUGAUAACAUUGCAGAAGAAACCACUGGACCACCAAAGGGUUUAGUUCAUGACACUGUUCCAUUGGCAGAAGAAGAUGUGGAAAAUCCAUCAUCAUCAGCGGGUAUUCAGCAAGGAGCUCGGCUGAGCAUUCAGGAUUUUGAUUGUCUCUGUGUGCUGGGAAGAGGAGCAUUUGGAAAGGUUCUGCUUGUUGAGUACAAGCCUACAAAGAGCAAAUUCGCUUUAAAAGCCCAGAAAAAACAAGAUAUAACUGGAACGCAAAGAGUCCCAAGGCUUAUAUGUGAAAAGGAAAUCCUACAGACUGUGAGCGAAGUACAGCAUCCUUUCCUUGUUAACAUGUUGGCAAGUUUCCAGACUCAGGGUCAUUUCUGUUUUUUAAUGGAGUAUGCCGCUGGUGGGGACCUAAUGACCGAAAUUAGGAACAGCAACUUUCAGCCAUUUUCCACAACCAGAGCUGUGUUUUAUGCAGCGUGUUGUGUGCUCGGCCUGGAUUUCUUGCAUCAAAACGAUAUUGUUCACAGAGAUCUCAAAUUGGAAAACAUUGUAAUUGACAUAGAUGGAUUUGCCAAAAUUACAGACUUUGGUCUUAGUAAACAAGGGAUGGGAUAUGGAGAACAAGACAGAACAUAUUGUGGCACCCUGCAUUACAUGGCACCGGAAAUGGUUUGCGGUAAACCAUACACAACAUCUAUUGACUGGUGGAGUCUCGGCACAGUUAUUUAUAUAAUGCUGUGUGGAAUGGUAAUUCAACAUAUGUGGGAUGGAAAUACCCCUGGAGUCAACUGUCUUGCAGGUAACAGAAGAGAGGUGAGGUAUAAUAUUGUCUAUUCAACGCCGCACUAUCCGAGGUUCCUGACUGCAGAAGCGCGAUCAAUAUUAAGAAGUCUUUUGCAUAAAGAUCCCAAAGUCCGUCUAGGAGCCAGCGAGAAUGAUGCCUGGGAUCUGAAGAGCCACCCUUUUUUUAAACAAAUAGACUGGUUCGCAUUAUUGUUUAAGAGUGUCAGGCCGCCAUGCGUACCAUCCAUCGAGGGACCAGACGAUGUCCGCUACUUUAAUAGAAUGUACACAUCAUGCGCCCCCAUUCUGACACCGCCAGGCGAGUCUGAGUCACUAUCUGAUGUAGAGCUGGAGCUAUUCAAAGAUUUUGACUGGGUUUCCGAUAGGAUUUAA